UUUUGAGUUGUGUGCCAUCCCCUUUGCGCUACGCCACUGGCACAGCCUUUGAUCCAGUGAGAUAUUUACCACUCGCUGGGUAAACUCUUCCACAUUUAGUCAUCUGCCUGCCUCGCUGCUGUUCGGCUCGGCGCUGGGCUGCUGGAGCAUUGUUUAUGUGGGCAUCGUCUCUGCCUCUGCCUCUGCCUCUGUCUCGAUUUGUUUAUUGUAAUUCUAACAAACACAUUCACACAUUGCCACCAUGCACAGCAUGCGUCUAUGGAAUCUGAAGCGUCUGGCGCUGCUGCUCGGCGCUGUCGUCUUGUUCUACUUAUUCGUGUUCUCUGGCGGCUAUCACAAGUACCAAAUAGACCGCGUUAUCGACAAUGCCAGACCGGAAGCAGUUUGGGAGUAUGUGGCGGACUUCAAUAAAAUGCGCCUGUUGAAUCCCACAAUCAUCAAUUUUAGGAUUCUCGCCGAUCAAGGCCACGCCCACGACUGGCGUUACACGGUGCGGUAUACGGAGCGCCUGUCGCACUGGCCGCACUGGCUGAACGAAGCCACCGCCCACUAUGUGGUGACCAAGACUCUGCCGGGCGUCCAUCCGCCCGCCUGGUCCAUCCAAUCGACACACGAGACCUGCUUCCUGGGCGGCCACUACUGCCUGCACUCGCGCAGCGAAUUCAGUUUCAGCUCAAUAGGAGCGGGCACAUAUGCCAAUGAGAAGAUCCAAUAUCAGUGCCCCCCGUUCCUGGGCACCGCCUGCCGCCGCGAGCUGGAGUUCCAGCGCCGCGCUGUAAUGCAUAAUCUGACUCAAAUAUUCAGGCGAGCUUAGUCCCAGGUCAACGCCAGGCGUAUUGAAAGUCUCGUAUUCCAUUCUAUUCAUUCUUUUGUUUGUAUUUUCACAUCUAAUAGGUUUUAAAAUUACAUUGUAUUGAAUGCUCAACUCAACUAAAUUAACAAACAGAAAUUGUUGCUAAGUAUUUGUUCAAUUAU